AAUUGCACAAGAGUGUUAUGUAAGGAUAAUGGGAGGAGGAAUUUGCACCAAUGAGGAAGCGUAUGGAAGUAUAAAUCAAAUGUUUCACUCCCCAUCUGCUACUCUAACAGUUUCGCAACUGUUUGGAAGUUACGGUGUUUGGAAGAGAUUCUUUGGCCCAAAUGUCGACUUUUUCCUCUGACAAAACACCACACCUAAGUGGAAACACAAGUUUUUCAGUCUCAGCGAUUGGUCUCUGGCUUGUGAUUUCAGUAGCGCUGGCAAAAGCAGAGGACAGCAUGGAGGGGAACACAGCUGCUUCUGAGUUCCAGAAAUCCAUCCGUCAGUCCCAGUCGCUGUGUUCUGGUGAACAGGACUAUGUUUACAAGAGAAAACAAGUAAUUCUGGAGUCACUCAGCAGCCUGGGAAUCAACUGCAGUGCAGAUUCAGUUCCCCACAUCAGUCUGCUGGCCUCAGGUGGGGGUCAAAGGGCGGCUGUGGGUCUGGUGGGUUCCCUCUAUCAGAUGGAAAAGGAAGAUCUGUUGGACAGUGUGCUCUACCUGGGAGGAGUUUCUGGAUCAACGUGGUCCAUGUCCUCCAUCUACAGUGACCCACAGUGGAGUAACAGACUGGACUCUGCUGUGUCCAGGCUGUCAGGUACCGGGGUGAAGUUGGAAGAGGCUUUGGCCUGGUUGGGUAAGAGGGCGGAGGAUGAGCACUUCUCUCUCACUGACACCUGGGGGCUCUUCACCUCUGCUGGGAUCAUGAAAGAGAUGGACUUACGGCAUCUUUCUGAUGAGGCCAGCAGAAAUGCCACCAACCCUUACCCCAUCUACAGUGCUCUAGAGAAUAACUGCUUCUCUAAUGGGCCCAUAGAAGGGAAAUGGUUCGAGAUGAGCCCUCACGAGGUUGGUUUCACAGAGUUGGGUCUUUUCAUUGAAACUUCUCUCCUGGACAGCAAGUUCGAGAGAGGAGAGCUGCUGGAAGAGAAGCCAGAGAUGGACAUGAUCAAACUUCAAGGUGUUCUAGGUUGUGCGUUGGCUCAUGAGGAGACGAUCGGAGAGUUCAUCCCUUCCUGGCUGAAUGUGACUGGACAGAUAGAUGGUGCUGCUGAGGAGUACCUGCGUGUAUACCACACCGUUGAUUCACUACUAACCCUGAUCAGAAGUACCAUUAAGGAUCCUUCUGCGCUGUCUGACCUGGACAAGCUUCAGAAAAUACUAGAAGACAAGGUAAAUAAUAAGUCAGCGUUGAUGGAGUCAAAGAGUUUGGAAGAAAGAAAAAGUCUUUCUCAGCAGUGGAGUCUGGAGCUGCUGACGGAAGUAAAGACCUGGAGCCAGAAUCUGGAGGAUGGAGAUUUCAAAACACAAAUCUCUCUGCUGACUACGCAAAUCCUUCCAAUGAUUAUGAAAUGGGAGUGGGGAACAACCGGAAACUUCCUCUACCAAUACCAAGAUUCCACGGUUCCACCUUGCCUCCACUCUAAAGAAAGAAUCCACCUGAUCGACGCCGGGCUGCUGCUUAACGUCGGCUACCCUCCAUUUCUGGGAGAGAAGAGAGACAUCGACCUCAUCAUCGCACCAGAGUACAGCGCUGGAAAUAUAUUUGAGACUCUGACUCUUGCCAGAGACUAUGCAGCCGAGGUGAAGAAAGCUUUCCCUGAGAUAGACGAGAGAAUCCUGCAGGAGAAAGACUGGCCAAAAGACUGCUACGUGUUCGAGGGAAAAAAUAAUGAAGCCUCCAUUGUUUACAUGCCACUCUUCAACAGACACAACUGCAAAGAUGCAGAGGAGGUCAAAGCAAGGAUGGAGGAGUUCUCCACCUUCCAGCGUCCCUUCAGCCAGGAGAAGAUUGAGUUUGUGUUGGAGACAGCGAAAGCCAACAUAAAGAACAACAAGGAGACUCUGCUGAGAGAGAUUAACAAGGCUGUUCUCCGCCGACACAACAAGAGGAAGUCUGCUGUAGAUCUCUGAUUCUUACUUCACCAUGAUUAUAAAUCAGACAUAGACUUCACUGUACAGAAGUGUAAGCUGACAAAUGUUUGUGGACACCCCCUUUUUCAUGGUAGGUUAGCCCUCUUAGCUCCAAUGAAGGGAAAUCUUGCUAAAGCAAUAAAUGGCAACAACUUUGAGGAGGCUCUGUGCUGUUUCAACGUGCCCCCGUGCACAGAACCAGGUCUAUAAAAUAAUUGGUUUCCAACUUUGGUGCAGAGGAACUCAAACCCAUCCAACAUUCUGGGAUGAACUGGAAUGCAUUUUUAACACCAGCAGGUUUCUAGUUUGGAAGCCAAUCAUGGUCCAGUAUGCAACUUAGACAAGUGUGAUGUGGAAUCCUGAAACCUCCUGUGGUCAGACACUGAGAAUGGACUUCAAGGAGAAAAUCUCAACAUUUAAAAAUAUCUCAACAUAACUAACUAAUCUUUAACUAAAAUAACUCAGAACUUUGCUUCUAGGUUCAGCACCAGAUGACACAGGGGGCGUUCCGACUGAAAUGAAUAAUUUCUGAGCUACAUGUUAACCUCUAUGAGAGAGGUGGUUUGAUUAACCAGAAUGAUCAAACAUUCUGGAGACAGGGGCUCUCAAAGCUGACCCAAAGCGGCCGACCACCCC